AAAAGAUACCAAAACAAAACAAACGAGCUCGGGUUUAUUGUUUAAUGAGCAACACAUUUAGUGUUGUAUGCUAUGAUGAAGAAAGGUCCACGUUGAAAUAUUAAAUGUAACCUAGAGUAUUCCGUGGAAUGCAUCUACGAAAUAGUAACCACAAGGUUGCUGCGUGAACAGUAGAUUUUAGGUUCAACUGGAGCAUGACGAUUGAUGCUGAAGUUUAUCUGGGUCAUUGAGGACGACAAGGAUCAGGCCAUACCCAAGGGUCGGCUUACCGGCUGAGUUACCUAACAGAUCACCAUAGAGAUUAUCCAGCAGGAAGGAUGAUUGAGUUCUGGUCAGCAGUAUUCGGCCUGCUAGGAUUUUUCAUCACUUGGCAGCUGUUUAGACCUCAAAGUGCUCCCGUGUGUGGGGUGUACAGACAGCCAGGAAAAUGGUUCUGGCUGAAAAAAUUAGCCUUUCUUGUGAUUUUAAAAUUGCGUCAACGUAAUCACAAGGCAGCUGAGAAGCGUGUCCACAAAUCUGAAGAAUUGUUGGACAAGAACCGAGGAUAUGGAGCUGGAGUGCUAGAUCCAACCUCCAUGGAAACAGUUGCUCCACUCGAUCCAGAUGUUUUUGGUAUCGAUGCUGUUUAUUUCGGUGGUUUUAACAAUGAUGGGGUACGUGUUGUUGUUCGCUACUGUCGUCGUCACGAGAGACAAGGAGAAGUCUGGCUAUUUUUAGAAAUACCUGGGAUAGGUGUUUUACAACAUCCUCUUCACCCAGACACUUAUGUUAUCAACACAAACGGCCGGGACUACUCUGUGGGCGGUCUUAAGAUUGAAAUGGUGGAACCAAUGAGAACAUGGAAGGUGUCAUUCGACGGAACGUUACGACAUGGUCUAUGUAACAGUCUAGAAAACAAAGGAGGAAAACUUGUUCAAGUAAAAUUUUCAUUUAAGUGGCGCUGUAAUACAGAUCCAUUCAGUUUUGACACAGAUAUCAGUGCUUCAGCACUUGCCGAUGCUAUCGCCAGGGAAAGUUGGGACCAAGACUUUUGGAAUCGAUUAAAAAGUAAACACCAGACCCAUUAUGAACAGUGGGGCGAGAUGACCGGUCCACUUAAGGUCGAGGGUUAUGAUGAUGUUCAGUUGAGACUCAGCACCGUACGGGACCAUUCCUACGGAGUGAGAGACUGGCGUAUGUUUUACAGAUAUGCUGUUCAUUUCAUCCGUCUCGAGAGUGGAGUUACAGCCCAAGUUGGUGUGGUUAGUCAACCAUCUAUAACCUCUUAUUUACAGGUAGGAUACCUUAAUUAUCCUUGUGGUGCUGCAUAUCCAGUUUCCAGCUGUGAUCUCAAAUUGUGGGAAAUUUCGGAAACACCAGAACCAGCAAACAAGUAUUCUUUCAGUUUUAUUGCGGGUGGUGACACCUUCCAUGUGGAAGUUAAGGGGGAGACAACUCCUAUUUGGUACCACUGCCAGGAUCGAGGAAGCAAAAUAUUUGAAAAGUUCUGUCAGUAUAAAGUCAAUGGUAAAAAAGGAUAUGGACUGGUGGAGUUCCAUUAUAGAAACCCAAAAGGACCUUCCUAUGUACUGCCAGAGUUGCUUCCCUUGCUCGAGGAGCCUACAACAGAGGAGGUCAAAGCCCAUACUGAGGACCUGACCUUGACCUUUGAUGAGGAGGCUUGUGGAAGUAGUAAACUUGUGGGGGGUAAGGGGGCACAGCUAGGUCAGUUGUCCUCUAUACAGAAUAAGGUGAAUGCUGUAGUACCUCGGGGCUUCUGUGUUACUUUGGCUUCAUUUGUCAAACAAGUUGAGAGCAAUGGAGACAUCAUGAAAUCCGUCAACAAUAUUGUGAGGGCUAUAAGAGAUGUAGAUGAAGACCAGCUGAAGUUGGCCUGUUCUGAUACUGUGGAAUUAUUUGCCUCCAUUUCGAUAGUCAGUGAAAUCCAGGAGGCCAUUUUGAACAAGAUGAAGUAUCUGUUUAGUCAGGACUCCACGACAAAAACCUUUGCUGUCAGAUCGUCUGCUGCAGGAGAAGACGGAAGUGAAGCAUCUUCAGCUGGACAAAUGGAGACAUAUUUGGGGGUCAAAGGUCAAACAGAGAUCCUGGAUGCAGUGAGAAAAUGUUGGGCAUCUGCUUUUACUUACCAAGCCGUGCAGUAUCGCAGACAAAAUGGCCAGCCAAUCAAAGUAGCAGUGGGAGUAGUCAUCCAGGAAAUGGUCCAAUCGGAGGUAUCUGGUGUUAUUUUCACAAAAGACCCUGUAACAGGCAGCCCGAACCUGAUGACCAUUGAGGCCUCGUUUGGAUUGGGGGAGGCUGUUGUGUCAGGGAAGACAACUCCAGACACUAUUACGAUGUUCCGCAGUUGGGAUGAUCAGCUCUCAAUCAAGACGAAAAAUAUUGGAGAGAAGAAAAUCAAAAUCAUAGUUAAAGAUGAGGGAGGGCUGGAGGAGAGACAGACAGACAACAGUACCGGCUGUUGUCUGAGAGAUUCUCAGGUGCUAAAGUUAUCACAGAUGGCACAACAGGUGGAGACAUACUUUGGCAGUCCUAGGGAUAUUGAAUGGGCUUUGUCAGCUGAGCAGUUCUUUCUUCUCCAGGCUCGACCAAUCACUACCUUGGAGCAGGAUACAGAGAAGGAAUUAUGUUCAGAAUUUGACGACGCUUUGGUCACACACAGGGAGUGUCUCACAACAGCCAAUAUAGGCGAGAUGAUGCCAGGGGCAGUAACUCCGCUGACUCAGUCUGUGUUUCUGGAUGCAGUAGGAAAAGGCGUAGAAUACCUGGGCAUGGUGAUGAUUGGUGGACCCUACAUCAGGUACCAUGCCAAGGGUUUGAUAAACACUUACUAUAGAUCUUUCAUCAACAUGAACAUUGUUGGAUUGUCGAGUAUCAACAAUAUAGUCGGGAAUCUGGCCUCUGGUCAGAUGAGUGUCCUUGGACAGACCAUCGAGGAUCUGACAGUUGAGGAGGUUAAGGAGUAUGCGGGGAAAGAGAGAACAUUUUGGGACAAACUCAAAGUCUUUGUCCGCUACAUUUUGAUAAAGAACAGAGAAAUUAAGGAUUUUGAAGACUGGUACAAUCGUGUAGACGACUACAGAAUCAUUAUUGAUGAACAGGAUGCGAACAGUCUAUACCAAGCUAUCACUAGUAAACUACCAGAUUACUACAAGUUAUGGCGAGGACAUAUUAUGAAGAGCACAAUGUCUGGUCUGUGGUCAAGCAUUGUGUCGGGGAUUCUCUCCAAGGGAAGACCAGUGUACACCCCAGAAAACUUAGCGGACAUGGCAUUAUUGUUGUCUCAAUGUGAGGAUGUGUACAGUGCAGAAGUUCCGGCAGCUAUGCAGGAACUUGCUCGAGAGAUCAAUGCUGUAGGUUUAACAGAUGAGUUCCUAUCCAGCAGUGACAAGGAAUGUGUUCAUCUAAUGACGUCGGAGAAAUUCCCAAAACUGAAACAAAAAUUUGCUGUGUUUAUUUCACGACAUGGCCAUCGUUAUGUGCGAGAGGCUGAGUUCUUCGAGAGGUCAUGGCAUGCCCAGCCAGAGAGAUUAUCGUGUGUCAUGAGGACAAUUCUGAGAACCAAGUCAUUUGAGCAGAAGCCGAAGGUGAAAGUCAGUCUCACCGAAAUGUUUGAAAAGAUGCAGACUCCGAUCUCCUGGACAACCAAACAGGUGCUGAAGUGGAUUGUACCAAAGGCCAGAAAGGCUGUAGGAAGUCGUGAAUGGAGCAAGUCCUUGGCAGUGAAGGUCAGUGACAUCUUUAAAGAGGCGUAUUGGCAGCUAGCAGAUCUCCUGUUGAAGGAGGGUCGACUUCCUCAGAAAGAGUUGAUGUUUUUCCUGACUCACUCAGAAAUAGGAAAACUGCUGAAAACCCGUUCUCCAAGACUUAUCACAAAGGCAAUAAGACGAAGGAAACUUCUUCCCAAGAUGAUGGACAUGAGCUUCCCUAAGCUCCAGUCAGGAGUACCACGACCGAUCAUAAAAGGAGAAAUUGAAUCCCAAAGAACAGCUCAGUUUAUUCUGACAGGAAUGUCUGUAAUGGUUGGGGUAGUGACAGGCACUGCCCGUGUGGUAAAUGACUUGGAACAGGCCGAUCAUUCUAUACAGGCCGGUGAUAUACUCAUCGUAUCGUACACAGAUGUAGGCUGGAGUCCGUACUUCCCUCUCAUAUCUGGCCUCAUCACAGAGCUUGGAGGCCUGCUGUCUCAUGGUGCUGUGGUAGCUAGAGAGUAUGGUCUGCCCUGUAUAGUAAAUGUACCCAAUGCCACCAAGAUAUUUCGGUCAGGAGAUAUGGUUAGACUCAACGGCAAGGCUGGCACGAUAGAAAAACUUGAUGACAGAGAAAAGAUAGAAACAGAAGAGAACGCAAGAAAGUGACAGAAGAAUAAUGUAUUUGAGACUUCAACAGCAUUAUCAGAAAAACUUUACGCAAUAUAUUUUAUAUAUGAUUAGUGAUAAAUAUAAGUUUAUACGGAUCUCAUUGGACUCCAGUGUCAUAUUUUGUGAAAUAUUUUUACAAAUUAGAUUAUAAAUCCAUGUAAUUGAAUUAUUUAAGAUUUUAUAGUUCUGCUUGUCUUUUGGAAUCUAGUUUAAUAGCUGUCAGUCUCACUUUAUGAUUAGUAAUUAACUUUCAGUUCCAUUGUUAAAAUGAUUCAGCAGACUUGACAAGUGUGAAUUCCAACUGAAAUUGUAUCUGAUGGUUGUAUUUGGUGGCUGGUAGCAUAUUUCAGGAUUUUAAUUAAGUAAUUAAGUAUAUGGGGGCAAGGGAAGUAACUUAAAAUCAGAAAUUUGUUCAUGAUGGGUCAUCUUUCCUAUAUAAUGUGGCUAAUCUCCAAGUCAGGGCUACUCUCCAAGUCAGGGCUACUCAAAGUCUGGCUACUCUCCAAAUCAGGGCUACUCUCUAAGUCAGGGCUACUCUCUAAGUCAGGGCUACUCAAAGUCUGGCUACUCUCCAAGUCAGGGCUACUCUCUAAGUCAGGGCUACUCUCUAAGUCAGGGCUACUCUCUAAGUCAGGGCUACUCUCCAAGUCAGGGCUACUCUCCAAAUCAGGGCUACUCUCCAAGUCAGGGCUACUCAAGGUCUGGCUACUCUCCAAAUCAGGGCUACUCUCUAAGUCAGGGCUACUCAAAGUCUGGCUACUCUCCAAGUCCAAAUCAGGGCUACUCUCCAAGUCAGGGCUACUCUCCAAGUCAGGGCUACUCAAAAACAGGGCUACUCAAAGUCUGGCUAAUCUCCAAAUCAGGGCUAC